UGUUUUUUGAGUUGUUGGCGCCGGUUUUGUGAACUAUUUUUUAUCAACCGCUCAACUCAAUAAUCACAAUAUCAACAAUUAAAAAAGACCCUAUUCAAGGUCUUAUUCCAGUUAAAUAAUUAUGAUUCAAUAGUCUAAAUUGGUAAAAGAGUUCACCAACCAAGAUGACUUCCAUCAUCAAACUUCACUGCCUCUCGGGCGCUGGUGAUGAGUCUCCUCCAUGCUACGUGCUUCAGAUAGAUGAGUUUAAGUUCCUGCUGGACUGCGGUUGGGAUGAGAAAUUCGAUAUGGACUUCAUAAAGGAAUUGAAAAGACAUAUAAACAGCAUAGAUGCAGUGUUAAUCUCACACUCAGACCCGUUGCAUCUCGGUGCAUUACCAUAUGCAGUCGGAAAGCUCGGUCUCAACUGUCCGAUAUAUGCCACAUUGCCGAUCUACAAAAUGGGCCAAAUGUUCAUGUACGACUUGUACCAGGCACACAGGAAUGUGUCGGAGUUCGAUCUGUUUACAUUGGACGAUGUGGAUGCAGCGUUCGACAAGAUUGUACAGUUGAAGUAUAAUCAGAGUGUUGAUAUGAAAGGCAAAGGCUUAGGCCUCCGCAUCACUCCGCUCCCAGCCGGCCACUCCCUCGGUGGAACAGUCUGGCGUAUCGUAGCACCAGGCGAAGAGGACAUAGUGUACGCCCCCGACUUCAACCACAAGAAGGAACGGCACUUGAAUGGGUGCGAGAUAGAAAGACUGAUGAGACCGUCUCUGUUGCUGCUCGGAGCUAUGAACGCUGAUUAUGUGCAGCAAAGACGGAGGUUGAGGGAUGAAAAGCUUAUGACAACAAUCCUCACAACCCUCCGAGGAGGAGGCUGCGUGCUCGUCUGUACGGACACCGCGGGCCGAGUGUUAGAGCUGGCUCAUAUGUUGGAUCAGCUGUGGAGGAAUAAGGACUCCGGACUGGUUGCGUACUCACUGCUAUUGCUGUCCAAUGUCAGUUAUAACGUUGUGGAGUUCGCGAAAUCACAGAUCGAAUGGAUGAGCGACAAGCUAACGCGAGCAUUCGAGGGCGCGCGCUCCAACCCGUUCGCGUUACGUCACCUGCAGCUGUGCCACUCUGUGGGCGAGGUCACGAGGACCCCUGGCCCUAAGGUCGUGCUGGCUUCCUUCCCUGACUUAGAGGCGGGAUUUGCAAGAGACCUGUUCCUGCUAUGGGCACCGCAUCCGCAGAAUUCUAUUGUGCUGACCGCCAGGACAUCUCCCGGUACAUUGGCUCGGGAACUGAUCGAGAAAGGCGGCGACCGCGCCAUAGAGCUGGUGGUGCGGCGCCGCGUUAGACUCGAAGGCGCCGAACUAGAUGAGUUCCUACAGCAGCAGCGGCUGAAGCUCAACAACACCGUCAAGGAAGAAACGGCGGGCAUAUCUUCAGACUCUGAUUCCGACGGCGAGCUAGAGAUGUGGGUGGUAACCGGCCGCCACGAUAUCCCGGUGCGCCACGACGCGCGGCCGGCCGGCUGCUUCAAGACCAACAAACGCCACCACGCCAUGUAUCCCUUCCACGAGGAGCGCGCGCGCCACGACGACUACGGCGAGCUCAUCAAGGCCGAAGACUACAGACUAGCAGAAAUAGUAGAUGCCGAGGGAGAGAUCCGAGACGUCGCUCCCGCUCCCCCGCCGAAGCAAGAACCUGAAGAGGAGGUGACAGAAGUCCCUAGCAAAUGCGUGAGCGUAGUGCGCACAGUGACCGUGAAAGCCAGCGUGCAGUACAUCGAGCUGGAAGGCCGCUGCGACGGCGAGUCUUUACUAAGAUUAGUGGCGCACGCCAAGCCGAGGGCUAUUGUUGGCCUGAGAGCCAAUGAAACUGCCUUGAUGACGCUUAGUAAACACUGCCAGAAUGAAGGCAUAGAGAAGAUCUUCACUCCGAACCGUGGCGACAUCAUUGAUGCUACCACGGAGUCUCACAUCUACCAAGUGAAGCUCACCGACAGCCUGAUGAGCGACAUCGUGUGGCGCAAGGCGGGCGACGCCGAGCUGGCCUGGCUCUCCGCCACCGUCGCCGCGCGCCCGCACCAGAGGGAGACCGACGCUACCACAGAGGAUACGUCAAGCGACGUGGUGAUGUCUUUAGAGCCGUGCGCGGGCGCGGCGCACGCGGCGUCUUUCGUGAACUCGGUGCGGCUGUCGGAGCUGCGCGCGGCCGUCGCCAAGCUCGGGCUGUCGGCCGAGUUCAGCCAGGGCGCGCUCGAGUGCUGCAACGGCACGCUGGCCAUCAGACGCCUGGAGAACGGGCGCGUCGCGUUAGAAGGCGUGUUAUCGGAGGAAUACUACAAAGUGCGGGAGCUGCUAUACGACCAAUUCGCCAUCGUCUGAGGCGGGACCGACUGAAAUUGUUAUGUAAAUAGUAUUAAUUACGCGUAAGGAAUAAAAUUAUGAAUUCAAACUUUGUUUCUUGAAAUUACGGCUACUACUUUACGAGCCAGACCUUAUUUUGUGAAAGAAAAACUCGCUUCUCAAUUUCAUAAAAAUUGCUUUACUAUUCACCUACUUGCAGUCGCAAGAUGCCACGUGUAUUAGCGGUACGUGUUGCUUAAUUUUAUUGUUACCGUCUUGAUAGGUUAAAACUAAAUGAUUCAAAUGAAUAAUACAACAGUUUCACCAUUUUAUAAUUUAUUUCACAAUUUCCGGAACCACGUCACAAUUAAUAACAUUAUGUAAAUAAACAAGGUACGAACUUUAUUACAAAUAAGACAGGUAUUGUUGGAUCUCUACUUUGAUCUGAGAAGACUCUAAUAAAAUAAUUUUAAUAAUUACAUAUUCCAGUCGUAGUUUUCUUAAGUCUAAAUAGGGUAUUCUAUACCCAGAUUAGUUUUUCUUUAAAAAAUACGUUUGCAACGUGCGAUAUAAAUAAAUUUGGACCAAAAAAGAUGGCUGCCUAGCUGCCAUUUGUGAUGAUGCCGUAUCAAAAUCCGCGGAUAAAAACGGGCCGUGUUCCAUCCAAAUUUAUUCCGACCGCAGUAUUUUAAGAUAACAAAACCGUACAAAUACAGUAAUCGCAGAUCCAUAACGAACAAAACUUACACUACAUUCUGGCACAUCUCUGUACAACUAUCAUACCCUGAGACUACCACCGCACUUUACACAAAAUUAAAAACUUAUAAAUAUAGUAAAUAUUCUUAACAUAAGAAUAACUACAACAAAACCUUUAUAAAUAACUCACUGGAAUUAAGAUGUUUACAUACUAAUGUGAUUUUAUAUUUUAAUUAGCGGUACUUGGUCGCGUAUGCGUUCAUAAAAUACGUCAAUAUAAACAAUAAAAUAACACUUCACUUUUACAUGUUCAUUUCAUUAGGAUUCGGUGAAUGAUUUUAAAGAUCAGGUUUAGCAAGAUAAUAGACGUUACUGCCAUUUUUUUCUUCAAAUAUUCAUUUAGAUUUAGAGAUCAUAUAAAGAGUGUGCACUUGGCCGUUUCUUAAUUUAAAAUUUUCUAUCAAAUUAACAAACUGAAUGAUCUAUUGCAAUAUACCUCGGCAAGCGUGUGCAAAAGCAUUUGUAAACAAAAUUUUAAUAGCCUGUUUGUAAUGAAAAAUUAAAAAAUUUACAAAAUUCUAGUACCGCUUCUUACAUUAAGAUUUAUUACUAUUUCAUACUUCUUUCGCUGUCAUACGCAGCAACCGGUAACAGUUUUCGAGGUAUUCAUAGUUUAUAAUACUGUUCCACUAUUACAAACGUCUAAAUAUAUUUUAUAUACACAACUUUACAGUCAGGAUAUAAUUAUAUCAUUAAUAUUUAACAAUAUUGUAUAUUAUACAUUACCAUGUCAAUGAUUCCAAAAUAACUACGACUACAAAAACAAAGUAAAUAUAUCGAUAAAUCGAUAGUGGAACAGCUCUAUUAGAUAACAUCUAUAGAUAGUUAUAUUUUAAAUACAUAAAUCGGUAAUGUUAAAAUAAUUACUGACGUUGUACAUGAUUUCGAUUGGAAGAUAAAAUAAGCACCGAUUGUACUCAAGGUAUACCAAAUAAGUAAUUAUGAAAUAUUGUUCAAACAUUUACAACCAGCAUUGUAUGUAGUGGAAAUACGCGCUCCUUUAUUAAUUUUCUCUAAUAAACCAUACAUUUUCAAUCUAAUAUUACAGCUUAUAGCGCUUAACUAUGGAGGUUCCUGCGCUGACAUACGUGUGACGUAACAAAGCAGAAAUCUCACUGAAGUUUGACGCAACAAUUGACGUAACAAAAACAUCGCUCCAAAACCGCAGGUACCUAUUCAGUUAAACGCUAUAGCGCCUUUAGCGUAAAGUUACAAUUCAACCAGAAACAUUGUGUAGAACUAAAACACAAUUACAUAAGGUAAAUGCGCUACGCAAUUCGCCGAAUCAAAAGGGUACAGCCGGGGAAAUAAUGCCAGUGACUUAAAAACAAAUUGUCUACGCUAACGUGGUAAAAUAUUGUAUUCAUUCGAUUCAAUUUUACAUCCCUAAUGAUAUUUUUAAAAAUGGACACGACACAAUUUUGAAAUAAAUAAUUUAAAACCUAAACACUUCAAAGUGAACAAAGACAGUCAUUGUCAUUAUAUAAAUUUGAUUCAUCUAUCCAUUAAAACAUAACCCAUAUCGCGUUAUGAAUAUGUAUAAAACAUAUUUUGUUCUUACAACAGAGAAUCGCUCAUGUGUGUGUCUAGAAUCCUAGACAUAAAAAUAUAUCACCUACAAACAAUACUAUGUAACUUGACAAUAGUCAUCAUGCGCAGUCUAUACACAUACAAUCGCGAAUUAACACCUCAGGUUUUUUUCCUCGACCAAACUUAAUCUCUUAUAGCAGUAAAACUAGAUAUAUUUUUUAUAUUAUACAAAAAUAGUAACAAGUUUUGUACUUAAUCCGUCCAUCGUUUUGUACAUUAACGGCGCGGGACGCGAGUCGAAAACUAAACCAAAUCGACAGAAAUUUCGUUAUGAUUGAUUGCCCGCCUCUCACAGCCAUAAAUCUUGUAGAUUUGACGAUCGUAUUUUGAUAUAAAACAUAUUUUAUUUUAACUAUACUUAUCUUGAUCAUGAAACUUUAUUUAAACAUUCUUUGAACCUGUGAUGUAUCUACAUUCAUUGGUGUUCAUAACUCAAAAUACGACGACUAAUCCACCAAAUAAAUAACGUCAUGUACACACAAUUUGAAACCGCGUCUUUAAAUGCAGACAAAGUAUGGCAUUCUGUUGAUAUGUAAACAGCAUAUCGCGCCCCGGCGCUUAAAACAAAAUAAAAGUCGACGCUGUCACCACACAACCAGUCCGCUGAUUCGCUGAGCCGUCGGAUGGCUGGGCCAUGAUGCCGCCGAGCCAUUACAUGGCUCGGUCGAGGUCCAUCAUUCUUCACGCCCGUCGAUCGAAGGUACACGAUAGCAAUAAGGUAAGCGUUUAUAGAAGUUCAACGUCAAUCUCACAGACACCCACUCCUAAAUACUAUCAAACAUAAGUGACGGUCGCAUUCACAUUACACAUAGACAAUUCUUCAAUUAUUAUUAUAUUACUUAUAUUAUAACAUCCAUCACAGUCUACUUUUUACACCAUUUACUUACAUUUAAAGGGGAGAAUACACCCAGUGAUUAAUUUCUAAUCUAGUCCAUCAAUUCGUAACACUAAUCCCGAUACCGUUACCAUAAACAUUC